UCUACUUGAAGAACAAAGACCUAUCUGCCAUGGCAACUUCCUUAAAGGUGGCUGUAAUCGGUGCUGGUGUCUCUGGACUAACGGCUGCUCGUGAGCUUCAAAGAGAAUCCCACCAAGUUGUGGUGUUUGAAAAGUCCCAACAACUUGGUGGAAAUUGGGUCUAUGAUCCACGAGUGGAAUCGGAUCUUUUAGGACUUGAUCCAAAUAGAGAUAUUGUUCAUGGAUCUCUUUACAACUCUUUGUGCACGAAUCUUCCUCGUGAGCUCAUGAGUUUCACCGAUUUCAAAUUUAGUGAGAAAAUAUACCAAGAUGCGAGAAUGUUUCCAUGCCACAACGAAGUUCUAAUGUUCUUGGAAGAUUUUGCAAAUAAUUUUGACCUUAUCAAGUUGAUUCGGUUCAAUACGUUGGUAACCCUAGUUGAGGUACUAGACUCAGGGAUCACCAAGUUUUUGGUUGAGUCGAAAACAAAUGGGGUGAAUAAGGUCGAGGAGUUCGAUGCAGUUGUUGUCUGUAAUGGUCACAACUUUGAACCUCGAUUGGCUACAGAUAUUCCAGGUAUUGAGACAUGGUCUAAAAAACAAAUGCAUAGCCACAACUACCGUGUUCCUGAACCAUUUCUAAACCAGAUUGUAGUUGUAAUUGGAAGUGGACCAAGCGCAUCUGACAUAUCAAAAGAAAUAGCAAUGGUUGCAAAAGAAGUUCAUAUGUCGUCAAGAUCUCCACUUGUUAACAUGUCAAAACUGGAGAAGUUCGACAAUCUAUGGCAACACUCCAAGAUAAGUUAUGUAAGCACAAAUGGUACAUUGACAUUUCAAGAUGGUUUAUCUAUUGUUGCGGAUGUUAUACUUCAUUGUACAGGGUACAAUUAUCAUGUUCCAUUUCUUAAAGUAAAUGGUAUUUUAACUAUCCAAGAAAAGUGUAUUGGGCCUCUAUACAAACAUGUUUUCCCCCCAAGACUCGCACCAAGACUCUCUUUUGUCGGAAUACCUAAUAAGACUCUUGUAUUUCCAAUAGCAGAGAGUCAAUCAAGGUGGAUAGCACACACAUUGUCAAGGAAAGUUUUGUUGCCAUCAGAAGAUGAAAUGUUGAACAAUGUUGAAGAAUAUUACCAUGAAUUGGAAGAAAAAGGGAUCCCAAAGCAUCAUGUUCAUACUCUUGGAUUUGAGACGCAAUAUAUAGAUUGGAUGCUUGCUCAAUCUGGAAUGGUCAUGGAGAAGCAAGUAAAAGAAAUGACCAAAUAUUUAAUCCAUUGUUUAAUGAUGGCUGGUCUAAAUGGGUAUAUUGAAGCAUUCUUGCAAAAAUAUGGGAUAUGAUUUGGUGAUUGUCCGCAAAACAUUUGCAUUAUAAAUGACAGAAACUUUGUGUAACAAAAACAAAUUUUCAUCACUUUGGGAUUUUUAAUAGCUAAAUCGAGUUAACUAGCAAUGAGCUAGAUAAAAAGAUUACAAAUAAGAAAGUGGAACUUGGGGUUUGGAAUCAAACACCCAAGUUGAUUAUAAGUUUUUAGUUUGUAUUGAACAACAAUAAUAUGAAUGAGAAACAAUGAAAUCAAAUGCCCUUGUGAUGG